UUUUUGCAAACAGGCGAAAACUACAGGCAACAAGUAUGAAAAUAUGGUCCUUUGUAGCUCACGGAAAGGAGGUUACUCGACACUUAGUGGGAACAACAGACACAAACAAUAUGAAUUUCGUCAGAUACAGACUCUCAUUCUCAAACCUUUCGGGUCCAAGGUGGAGACCUGUCACAGAAGCGUGGAGCCUCAGAGGGAUGUGCAAUAAAUCUCAAGGAGUCAAAACAGAGCCUCCAGCUGCAGCUCCAGCAGAAACUGCUCCUCAUCUUGGCUUCAAGAUCCCGGGCUACAAACCCUCAGAGUUGGACAAGAAGAUGUUGCUGUGGUCAGGACGCUACAAGACAGUCGACCAGAUCCCCAAGCUUGUUUCGUAUGAAAUGCUUGACGCUGCCAGAAACAAAGUGCGAGUAAAAGCCUGCUACGUGAUGAUGGCAGCCACAAUAGGUGCCUGCUUGUUGAUGGUCCUCCUGGGCAAACAGGCUGCUGGCAGAAAUGAGUCCUUGACAGGUCAGAACAUGGAGAGGAAGGCCAAAUGGAAGGAGGAACUACAGAGAGAACAGGAAAGCACCAUUGCCUUGCCGGAUAAGGCUCAGUAAUGCAGGGUGAACGUGUUUGCAUGAGAAUCAUCUAACCACCAAAACUAAACUAGACUCAAACAGUCAUGUCCUUCUUUAAGCAUAUUUAAACUGAAUAAAUGUUCAUGUCUGUCUUCAAACAUAUUCAAACUAAAUGAGAUGAGUUGGAUUGAAAAUGUGUGCAAAAGCUCUUUUCAUAAAUACAGUGGAGUCUCGGUUUUCGAACACAAGCCGUUCCAGAAGGCUGUUCAAAAAGUGAAUCCUUCGAAUUCCGAAUCAUGUUUCCCCAUUACAAAUAAUGGGGGGAAAAAAAUCCGUUACCAGCCCAAAAAAAACACACCUUUUUUCAGCAUUUUUUCAUUUGCGCAUUUUUGUCUUAUCGCGCAACUGCAGCGCAUCGCCGAACACGCAACCAUAGCGCGUCACCGACCACGCAACUGCACCGCGCUGGUCGCAUUAUUGUGACAGACCGUCGCUGAAAUUUAGAAAAUAUUUUUAAAGUCCUGCUGUACUUUCCAAAAUUUAAGUGGACAUCAGUGCGCAGGGAGCUUAAUUUUGUCCAAUCGCGCAACUGCAGCGCACCGCCGAACGCGGAACCGUUGCGCGCCGCCCACCGCGCAACUGCACCGCGCCGGUUGCAUUAUUUUGACAGAGCGGUCGCUAAAAUUUAGAAAAUAUUUUUAAAGUCCUCAUGUACUUUCCAAAAUUUAAGUGAACCUCAGUGCGCAGGGAGAUUAAUUUAGUUUGAUCACGCAACCGCAGCGCGCCGGGCGCUCAGUGUCGCAUUGCUUUAGGAGCGUCUUUGUGUUUUAGGAUGGCUCCCACUUGCUUCCUUUGGAGGCAUGAUUAGAGUUGAUGCAAUCCUUAGAGUAACGAGAACGUAAUAACGAACGGAGUCAGUUGGCAUGCGGGUCCUCGGCUCAUCUCGCGAGGUUCGACAACCGAAUUUCGUCCGACAUCUGAAGCAAAAAAAUCGAUUUGUUCGAGAACCGGGACGUUCGAAAACCGAGGCUCCACUGUAGUUGCCAAUGGGGCCAUAAGUACAGAUAGAAAAUAAAUAUUGACUUUUUUUUUUUUGGUAUGAUAAACAUCAAGAAAUGUAAAUUGUAACACAAAAUGGCAAAACAAAUCACGUAACUCUCCACAACAUGACAGCGCAACAAGUCUACCGAAUCACGAAUCUUCAGGGCAUCUUUUCUAUUAAAACAUACAUAAGUGAUCAGCAACAGAGCUUGUAUGAUCGUCGCACUUAUAAGUUGAUGGGAGAAUAAUCGCAGCAGUGCACCUUUUCUGACUCAUGCACACAGGAGAAUAUGCUCCUACAUUGUUAAGUACGUCACUUACAGAUUCAUUAUAUGCAUUCAUAUACGCACUCUGGAUGUAAUACAGCUGAAAAGAGGGCAUGCCCUAUGUAUUCCUCACCUGAACCGCAUCCUCUUUGAAGACGUGGGUGCCUUUCCUAUUGCUGGCUCCUGAGUUUGGAAUAAAUUCAAUGGCCAUCA